UUCUAGCGAGGCUUGUCCGGAGCUUGCCACUCGGGCUGCACCUCCGGCUGGGCGCGCAAGCCUGCUGUGCCUCCUCCUUCCGUCCCUCGCCUUAGGCUGGGUACUUCUGCUGCAGCCUUCUGGAAGCGCAAGAGCCAGCCGCAGUCCGCGCUGCUUCUUAGGGCCAACAUGCCCAACGAAGACUCAUUCGGCAAGUCCUCCGCACCGUCGGACACCCCGCACGCCCCUGGGGCACCGCCGCAAGGCAAGGCGGCCGGGGGCUUUGGCAAAGCGGCCGGGGCGCUGCUGGGGGCGGCCGGCGGCUCGGGUAGCGGAGGCAGCGGGGCGGCGGUCGGUCUGGGCGCCACCGGCAAGAAAUCCCCGCGGCUGCCCAAAUGCGCGCGUUGCAGAAACCACGGCUACGCGUCGCCGCUCAAGGGCCACAAGCGCUUCUGCAUGUGGCGGGACUGCCAGUGCAAGAAGUGCAACCUGAUCGCCGAGAGACAGCGCGUGAUGGCCGCGCAGGUGGCCCUGAGACGGCAGCAGGCUCAGGAGGAGGAACUGGGCAUCAGCCACCCCAUUCCACUGCCCAGUGCUGCUGAGCUACUUGUCAAGAGAGAGAACGCUGGUAGCAACCCCUGCCUCAUGACUGAGAGCAGUGGCUCCUCGCAGCCUACGCCAGCCAGUACACCUACUACUGUGGCCUCAGAGGGGCGUAUGGUCAUCCAGGAUGUUCCUGUUGCAACCAGCAGAGGGCACGUGGAGAACACACCUGAUCUGGUUGCGGAUUCCACUUACUACAGCAGCUUUUACCAGCCGCCGCUGUUUCCCUACUACAACAAUCUGUACAACUACCCGCAGUACUCCAUGGCCUUGGCUGCUGAUUCCUCUGCUGGGGACGUGGGAAGUUCCCUUGGGGGAUCCCCUGUGAAGAACAGCCUUCGGAGCCUUCCGGCACCCUAUGUGCCUGGUCAGGCAGGAAACCAGUGGCAGAUGAAAAGCUCGGAGAACCGCCAUGCGAUGAGUUCCCAGUACAGGAUGCAUUCUUACUAUGGGCCUCCCUCCUACCUGGGCCAGAGCAUGUCCCAGAUCUUCACUUUUGAGGACAGCCCGUCUUACUCGGAAGCCAAAGCAAGCGUAUUCUCGCCGCCCAGCAGUCAAGAUUCUGGCUUGGUUUCCCUCUCCAGCAGCUCUCCUAUAAGUAAUGAGAGCACAAAGGGGGUUCUCGAAUGUGAGGCUGCCUCCUCAGAGACCACCGGCUUCACGGUCACUCCUGUUGUUGAAGAGGCAGAGUGAGCAGAAUUGCAGUUGGUGGUGGUUCACUUGGAAUACCAGGCUUAUUCCAUUCUCGAGAGUUUGUUGUUAUUCUGUAUUGACUUGCACUGACUUAACUGUUGAGAACAUGUUUGGGUUAUACAUUCCUUAAGAGUUUAGUUCAAAGGCUAAGACACUUGUAAUAGUGGGGGUUUGUAAUAGUGGGGUUUUGACUACCAUCUGCAAAAACUAAGUGCUUUGCUUGCUGAGUUUAAAUACUAGUGCCCCUUGUUUUUUUUUUUUUUUAAUGACACUGAUUUACAUGUAUUCAAGAAAUAAAGUAGUGUACUCAAAUAAGGCCAGAUAUUUGUCUAAAUUGGUCACAAUUAGAUAUUACUUUGUUAGUUUUAAGAUGAAAUCUUAGGUGCCUUAGAUGUUUAAAAAUUUAAGUAUUUUAGUUAAACUACAAAAAUAAAUUUAGCCAAGUACUACACUUGACCAGCAAGAAGAGCAAGCAAAAUUACUAUUUUAGAAAUCUGCAGAAGGUCAGGGUAAAUGGAAAUACCAAGUGUUUGUGUUGUUGUUGGAAAUAGCUGUACCCCACCUCCCAAAUCCUGAACAUCUGAAAUAUAGUGCUGGGGGAAAAGACUGAAGCCCCUUAGAAUCACUACUUUUUUUUGUAAAAGAUAAUUUGAAAACAGUAUAAUUUAAUUUAGCCCAGUGAGGCAGAGCUAAAUGUUGUUUCUAGAAUGAGUUUAACAAUGUCUCCUACAGGAAAAAAAAAAAAAAUGGAUGCAAUCUAAACUAUUUUGUAACCUUAGGUUGUAAUCUGAUUUGGAAAUAAGUACAUCUUUAAAAGUUACUACUGUACAGAUUUCUGAGUUCAUUAUUUUGUUAAAAAUUGCUUAUGGAGUACUUCCUUAUGUAACAGAAGCCAUCCUGAAAUGAAACUAGUCUAAAAAAUUCAUUGUUGUGUGUAGUUGUAGCUGUACCUGAA